AUGGCGAGCUCCACCGACGAGUCGUCCGAGUACGACUCUGGCCCCCGCAGCCGCAUGGAGGACUAUCACGCGGCGCAUAGCGGACGGGGAGCGCCUGCACCAGCGACGCCAGGAACAGACGGCGAGAAGGAGGACCUGUUCUUGAACAUCGCCGCCGACAGUGCGCCCAAGCCGCCGCGCCCAGAAAAUCCGACAGCGCGCGACCGAUUGAAGUCACGAGUCGCCCGCGUCAACAACAGGCAGUCGCUGCCUUCCGCCCUGCAGUCGCCCUCGCCCGUCCAGGCCCAGUCGAGCUUAGUCACACCAACCACCAGCAGGAUACCCUCCAGCGCUGCCCUCGAAGCCAGGUCCAGCGGCAUACGCCGGUCGUCACUCCUACCCACUCCCUCCAGAUACGAGCGGUCGCCAAACUCGCCUGCGCCCGAAGCCAUACGGACCCGCGACCUCAACCACAAAGCCUCCUUCAGCUCCACACGACGCGACUCGGAGCUCUCACCGCGCGACUUCCUAGCCCAGUUCUCAAACUCAACAAGACGAGGAUCUCAGCCCGAGGUACACCAAACCCCGCCCAGUCGCACCCCGGUCCACCCCUACAGGCCGUCGAACCUGUCACACGAGCCACGCACGCCUCAGGUGGAGACAUCAUUCGAGGCUGGUUCGCGCGCCGACGGUACCGAGUCGCAUGGCUCUACAGGGCCGGCCGCGUCUGUAUGGGACGAGCUGGACGAGCUCAAGUCCAGGAUACGAAAGAUCGAGAUGGGCGGCAAGAUACCCUCGACAUCGGGUGCCAUUGUAAACCAAGCAUCGGCUGAGCGCCCACGGACGGCCAACACCUCAGCUACGACAGUCUCGUCUUCACCGAAUCAGCAACGAAAGUCGAACCCGUCGCCUGCCGAGUCGACAGUGGGCACGCACACUCCCAAUAACAACAAAACUCAUCCUCUGUUGCGCGAAGCCCUCGGUAAAGCUAGACAGUACGUCUCACCAACUGUCUACCGCAACCUGGAAGCGACUGCAACCGAAGCACUUGCGCUGGCAGAAAUGAGCGGCAGUGCAGGACCGCAGGGCACUUUACACUCUGCUAGCUCCAUCAUCAACGGCUCUGUCGUCUCAGACCGCCAGGUUCGUCGCAAAGCCGACAACCUCUGUCGCAGUCUCACCGAGCUCUGCAUUGCUCUGUGCGACACCAAGACCGGUCUUGCCAGUCCAGCCUUCCGAUCCAACACAGCCACGCUAUCACGUCGGCCGAGUGUACAGAUCAAUGGCGAUUCACCGACUAUCCGACAGAGCAUCGAACCCGAAAGCAACACAUUGUCAUCUGGUGUCAGUCCUAGUAGAGCCAUGUCACGCAUCGAGGCUCGGAGAACCAGCAUGCUUAUCGAUGACUCCGGUCGCAGCCAAAGAGGAGGCAGCCAGGAACCUUACGACGAUAGACACACUCCGUCACGCAUGCAACGAGCAGGCACCAGUCUCCACCAGACACGCAACAGUGUGGACGAAGAAGACGAAGAUCCAAUCUUCCGUGCGCCUUCCCGUGCGAUGACCUCAAUCGACUUUAGAGCCCGUCACGGUGGUCAGUCAGAUCAAAAACGAUUCACCGGUGGCAGACAGUACACCUCCCGCGAACCAAUGCCUGAUCUGCAGCCAUCACCCGCUCUUCAAACCACCGCCAGUCUCCGCCGGCCCAGUGUUUCAAGUAGUACGCCCUCCAACGAGCAUAGCCUGUUGUUCCGGGAUAAUCAAAGUCGCUACGGUCACAAUCUAGGCCGUGAAGGCUCGCCAGCCAACUACGAGAAGACCCUGACGGGAGGACUACGGCCAAGAGCACAAUUGAGCGUCGCUCGAAACCCAAACAACCGGCACUCAGUCGGUGGUGUUUCGGACAUUGGGCGCAGCGUGAGUCUAGGAAGACGACUAAGGGGAACAAGUAUCGGAGAGUGA